AGUUUUAGUGCCACAACUAAUGAUUGGAAUAGUCCGCAAAUUCCCUAGUACUCAACUUUCGAAAUAUUUUAUCCUGACUUCUUCACUUGUCAACAUCCAACGAAUAAUAAUAAGUAAUAACGUGGAACAAACAACACACGAACUACAACACCUCCAGAGAAAAAAUGCCGUCUGCUUCGACUUCAUUGCUACGUAACGAGUCGGGGACUACCAUCAGCGGAGAGGAGAACAACCGCAUGGCAGCUGAUCUCGAUGAUGACAAAGUGGAGGCCUUGAUCUUUGACUGUGAUGGGACGCUGGUGAACUCCAUGGAGUAUUUUUGGCAAGGUUGGGAAGUGUUGUGCAAAAAAUACGAACUAAACUUUCCGAAUUAAGGCAUCGAGCCGGAUGUUUUUGAUUUCAUUUUUUGUGGUAACGGUGAGUAUGACGUAGCUGUUAAAAAUGUCGUCAGAACGCAACCUUUCUUAUAUACUUUAGUACUUAGAAUCAACAGCAGUGGCUAGUCAUAAUCCGAUUCUUCUGCAGUUUGAUUAAUUCAGCUGAUCUACUCUACUCCAUCGACAUGACAAAACAAAAUAUGAUGUUGAUUCUAAGCGAAGACGCGAUUCUAUGCUCUAGCCGGUACGCCGAUUCGUGAGAUUGUGCACAUUGUCUUAACCGAAACCGACCCUGCGAUUGUCGAGAAACUAGUCUCUGUCGAGAAAGGCGAUGACGAAACAAAACGUAGAGAACUUUUUGUUGAUCGUUUUCUUGCUGAGAAACUUGAGUUACGGCGUUGUUUUUCUUUGACAGAAAUGUGUGAAAGUGUUACAGGAAGUGAAUAAGAAACACCUUACUUCUACAGUGAAACUCUUUUGGUCCAACGUCUACAAAAUAGACUUUGUGCGUGUAGUACUAGUCGUUCUCUAAUCUCCGCCAUCGAAGAAUUGCGGUCUCGUGGUCUUUUCCCUGGAGAAAUUACGUGUGUGACGAAGAUCGCAAAACAAGCAAAAGAGCGUAAAAUGCGAAUUGGGGUAGCUAGUUCUGGGGAAAAAAACCACGUCCUCGCAGACUUGGCCCAUCAUAAUUUGACGGAUUUGUUUUAUGAAGACAUGUGAAGGAUGAAAGAUGUACAACAACAAACUUUCUACUUCGUUGGAAAGAAAACUUUGUUCGUUCUACUAUCCUAUCCUAUCCUCCCCUAUCCUUUCAUACCUCCGAAACGAUCGUUACACGGGAAGAUGUGGUGCAUGGAAAACCGGCACCAGACUUGUUUUUGGAAGCUGCUAACCGUCUCAAUGUUGAUCCAAAGCGCUGCAGAGGAUACGAAGAUGCGGAUCUAGGUCUGGAGUCUUUGCGCCGUGCGGAGUUUGUGCAAGCAGUUGAUGUUAGGCUGAUGAAGGGGUAUCCGAAUUAGUGGAUGGUGGAUACGAUGUAAUCUGAUGUCGUUGGAUCAUGGGAUGGAUGGAUACGAAUUAGUUGGAAUCUGAUGUAGUUUGGAGGGAUGUUCGGAUGGUGGGACGAAUGUAUUUUUAUGCAACAAAGUAGGACUUUUCUUCUUCUUGUCUGGGUACGUAAUGGCACUUCGCUUACGCGCACAGACGCAGAUUGUGGAACCACAGAUCAUGGUUCUUCUCACCUCAUGUGCGCAUCAUAAGGAUUUUUCUAGCGGAUCUGGGAUUUCAC